AUGAAUGAAUAAAUUAUAUAAUUUUCUUAAAAUUUAAUGUUAUUUUCUUAGCGUUAAUCAACAUAAUUUGAGGAAUUAGAAUCGUUAAUGAUGAAGAGAACACCUCAAAUACCUUCACGUUCUCGAAAUUUAUCCAGUGAUCGAUAAUAAAAUAAUGAGAGAUCAAUUAAACUAUCUAUAGAGAACAGUAGACAAAGACAUUAAGUUUAAUCCUAUUCUGUAGAAAAAUCAGUAAACAACUUCAAAUUAAUUUCAAUAGUUAAAUUUGAGUUCCUAGAAUUAAAAAGUUGAAAAUUUGGUAGCUUCAUGGAUGCAAUAAAAAAAUUUAUCAUCCCUUAAUUCAAGUUCAAAUAAUGUUUAGCCAAAUAAUCUGUUAUAAAAUAAUAUAGUCUCAUAAUUUGAAAGUUAAGGGAGAUAAUCAAAUAGGCCACAUAUUAUAAUAGAAGAAGAUCUUUUAUUCACAGAAGAAGGAGAUUAAUAAAAUGCAAUUCAAUCUAAUAAAGUCAAUUAGAAUAAAAAUAAAACACCUAGUACUACACGUCCUCAUGCCAAGAGUAUAAAAGAAUAAUGUAUUCUAUUUACUUAUGAAGAAAGCUUUGAUGUCAAAAAAAAUGCUAUAGAAAGAAAUGUUCUUAAAAAAAAUCUCAAUUCAUAUGCUCAACGUCCUCAAACUACAAAAAUGCACACUUCCACCUAAGUAAAAUCUUCGCCUAUUGUAUACAAAGAACAAUCACUUCACAAUCCAAUGAAAUCAUCACAUAUUGAUUCAACUAAAAUUAGUAAUCUAAAUAGUGGAUCAAAUAGUUAUUCCAACAAUAUUAAUAAUAGAAAUAAAUAAAACAAUUAGCAAAAAAUUGUUAAGAAAAUCCAAAAUUCAGAAUUUUAAUUAGAUAAUUAAUGUAUUAUUGAUUUGAUUAGAUUAAAAGAUUAGAUCCUAUCAACAUACCUAAAAUAAAAUAGAGCUCUUAUUAAUUCCUAAAAUCAAAUAGUUAAGUAAUAUUUGAGAUUUUUAUUUAGAAAUUUUGAUGAAAUAGUAGCAAUUUUAAAAUAAGAUUUCCCACAACAUUAAUGA